GCGUUCUUUUCAAUUUCCGGUUUCAUUGCAUGUGGUUGAUUUUUAGUCAAGCGGAUGAUUUUUAACAGUAUCCAAUUUUCGUUGUGAUUUCGCGUGUUUCGUUGUGAUUCCAUGUUGCGAUGCCAAAACCAACGGAACAGUCCGUAGAAAGGAUGAAGAAAGCUAAAAAGCUUUUCCUACAAAAGAAGAAAAAUAAAUCUACCACUCUAGCGCGGGUCGAGGUCAAGGGGCCAUUGGUGCCAGAUUCUGAGGGAAAGUCAGACGAUCAGCCUAAAUUUCGGAAGCAGCCACAGCACCUGCAGAUUCGCACUCAAACCAGGCGAUCUUCACAUAAAGGAUCGUCAACAUUGCCUUCCGUGGAGCUUGAGUUCCAGGAGGAAUCGAGGGCAUAUUCCAGCAGAGAGCAGAGAAAACAUAAUGAUCAGCAACAGCCACAGGGGCUUGAACUCCAGGAGCUCUCGAGGCCACAUUUCAUCGAGGAGCAGAGCAAGCUAAACGAUCAGCAACAGUCUCCCAUGCGAUUCGAAUUGCAGAAGCAAUCGAUGCAGCGGACUGAACAGGCAUCCCCCCGUGUGGCUCGAGCUUCAGGAGCUAUCGAGGCCACAUUUGAGCGAAGAGCAGAGCAAGCCGAGGAGCAGCAACAGGUUCCAGUGCGGCUCGAUUUCGAGGAGCAACCGAGCACCUAUUCCAGGGAAGAGUUGACUAAACAGGGCGAUCGGCAACAGCCUGCCGUGCGGAUCAAAUUCCAGUACCAAUCAAUGCAAUAUUCCAGUGAAGAGCAGCCAAAGCAUCCCGUGCGGCUCGAGCUCCAGGAGCUAUCGAGGCCACAUUUGAGCGAGGAGCAGAGCAAGCCGAACGAUCAGCAGCUUCCCGAGCGGAAACCAAAACAGCGGACCUUUCCAGCUAGCCGCGUUCAAACCAGGCGAUCCUCGGCUCGACCGGAAAUCCAGGGGCAAUCGGAGCCACAUUCCAAGGAAGGAGAUCAGAAACAGCAGCUUCCAGAGCGGAUGAAUCAACGCGUUCAAACUAGACGAUCCUCGGCUCGUCUGCAAAUCCAGGAUCAAUUGGAGGCACAUUCCAGAGAGGAUGAUCAGAAACAGCCGCUUCUAGCGCAUUUUCAUCGACAGAAGGUAACCUAUGUUGAUGUGUGUUCGUCAAAAUAA